GCGGAACACGCUUCUCGACAUGCGUUUUGGAAACCUCGCGGUUAUGUUCGUAGACUGCUCUUCUGCAUUCUGGCUUGGAAUGGGACUUCAGUUGAAGACAUGAGCUCGACCGGCGCAUCGACUAUUCACUGCAGACCGUCAGUCUCUCCUUUAGGCACUCGUUCGGCCAAUCGGCUGGAGAUGAAACUGGGCACAAUUAUGCGCACUACACCGUGGAAGUCGUGGAUCAUGUUCUUCUCGCUUCAGCUGGACCAGAGCUUGAAUGCUGUGUCGUCUCCUGCACGGCCACUGCGCGUUCAAACACGAAUUGUUGUCGACUUCUGCUUUCACGAGGAUCGCAGCUUCAACAAAGGAGCGAUUUGUUCGAGUCGAGAAGCUCCCGCCAUCGACGGACUGUGUUCAGAGGGCUUGUUGAGGCCUGAGAAUAUGUCUUAUUUGUAG